AUGUCCUCCAAGAUUGACUCCUACCCCUCCGAGAAGGAGGAAUUCGACUCCCGUGAUACUAUGACUGAGUCUGGCUAUGUCAGUGCUGGUUCGGGUGCCAGCGAAGAAUAUGUUCCAGAGAUUGUCUUCACCAAGCCUCACCUGCAAUUCCUCAACCGUCAGCUGCAGUUCCUCGAGCCUCAAGAGAUCCUCCGGUGGUGCAUUACCUCCUUGCCCCAUCUCUUCCAGACUACUGCCUUCGGCUUGACUGGUCUGGUCACCCUGGAUAUGCUCUCCAAGCUCGAGGUUCCUCGCCCUCAGAUGGUGGACCUCAUCUUCCUAGACACCCUCUACCACUUUGAUGAGACCAAGGCUCUGGUGGACCGUGUCCGCCGCAAGUACCCCAACAACAACGUGCACAUCUUCAAGCCUGCCGGUACCGAAACCACCGCCGAAUUCGAAGCCAAGUACGGUGCCAAGCUGUGGGAGGUUGACGACCAACUCUACGACUGGGUUGCCAAGGUCGAGCCUGCUCAGCGUGCCUACCGUGAAAUGAACGUCCACGCUGUCCUCACUGGUCGUCGCCGCAGCCAGGGUGGCAAGCGUGGCGAUCUCGACAUCGUUGAAGUCGACGAGGCCGGCCUCAUCAAGAUCAACCCCAUGGCCAACUGGUCCUUCUCCCAGGUCCAGCAGUACGUCAAGGACAACGAUGUUCCUUACAACGAGCUCCUCGACCGUGGCUACAAGAGUGUUGGUGACUGGCACUCCACCCAGCCCGUUGCUGAGGGCGAGGACGAGCGUGCUGGUCGCUGGAAGGGUCAGCAGAAGACCGAGUGCGGCAUCCACAACAAGCGAUCUGCCUACGCCAUGUACUUGAUGGAGAUGGAACGCAAGCAGCAGGAGGAAGCUCAGGCUCUCACCCAGGCUCUCAAUGCUCAGUGCACCCCUGUGGUUUGA